AUGUCAGAUCUUUUUGAAACGUACGAACUGGACUUCCAGCUUGCUCUUCAGGAAGCAAAGGCCAAAAUCGCCAGUGCCCAGCUGAACGGCUCCAGCCUGCGCAAAGACGCUCUUCAAGCAAUCGAGCAUGCCACAGACGAAGCUCUAGAAAUCUUGGACCAAAUGAACCUCGAGAUCCAAAGCAUGCCUGCCAACCAGAGGCUGAGCUACAACGCCAAAGUAAGACAAUAUCGCAACGAGGUGGACGCCAACAAACAAAAGUUGAAGGAGCUAUUGGAUGAGGAAGACCGUCAGCAACUUUUUGGUAGCAGGUACACAGACAACGAGGAAGAGGGAUCGCAAAGAAAGCAAUUGCUUAGCAACAACGCAUCGCUAGAAAGGCUGUCGGAGCGUCUUAGAGAAUCGCAGCGUGUGGCGUUGGAGACAGAGGGAAUUGGGGGCAACAUCAUAAAUGACUUGAGGGCCCAAAGAGAGCAGAUCACCAACGCAAGAAACACGUUGCUGUCUGCGGACAACUAUGUAGAUCGGUCAGUGCAGACUUUGAAGCUGAUGAGCCGGCGUCUUGUGGCAAACAAGUUCAUUUCUUACGCAAUAAUUGCAGUGUUGAUUAUCUUAAUAUUCUUGGUGCUCGCCAGCAAAUUUUCGUGA